UUCGCUCCCUCGUCGUCUCCAAUAGAACGCACGCUGCCGCUCCCACUCUGCUCCCGUUCUCUCAUGGCGGACUCCUCGAGCCGCCCCGCGAAACCCUAAUGGAGAGACGGCGGCGCCGCCACGCCCCCGCGCCGUAGCCUCGCCGCAGCGAGCAACGUAGGAAGGAUAACGCUAGCGCUUGCCGAUCCGGGGAGAAAAGUGGGAAGGUCCUUGCCUCGGCAGGGAGUCGCCCGCCAUGGGGAGCGAUCUGAAGGAGAUGAAGUACAGGCGGAGGAUUGGGGCGGAGGAGCGCGCGCAAUGCAGCGAGCCGAGGGGCGCCGAGUGGGCCGCCCUGCAGCAGGACCCCGUGGAGCUGCUGCGCAAGCUGGACGAGCUGAGGGACCAGAUCACGCGCUCCUGCCACGUCGUCGGGCAGCCGCGGGAGCACAGCAGGGUGAGCCACCGCUCUGUCUCCAUGAUCCCCGAGCACCCUGAGCCGCCGCCUGUGUUGGGGUACCACCGCUCGCGCUAUGGUGGGCGGUAUGGGCAUGGCUUGCCGCCGAGCCCGUACUCUCCGGUGCGUCCUGAGCAUGGGGAGAGGUAUGUGAGACAGUCGAGUGGGCAAUACCGCCAGUAUCCUGGGAGGCAGUGGGAGAACCGAGGGAUUGGGCCUGGGAGUUACCAUCAUUAUGCUUGCGCAUGUCCGCACUGCCUUCAUGGACAUAGGGCUGCACCGCAAGAGGAGAACAUUCCAAUGGCGAGGUACUUUGCUGGGCAGCAUGAAACCUACCGGUUUGAGAGGUCUCCAUCUGUUUCAUCAGAUUAUGAUCGGAGGUCUGUGGCAUCAUCACUGUACUCGCAUCGGUCAGUAUCGAAGAGGAGGGCAGAGUACUUCAGGAAGAAGGCAGAAUAUAUCUGCCGUCCAGUGGAUGGUGCUGCACCCUAUGUUGUGUGCAGUUCUUGUUAUCAGCUACUGCAGAUGCCUAUGGAAAAAUGCACAGGGAGGAAGCAGAAUCGGCUGCAGUGUGGGUCUUGUUGUCAGAUAGUUGGUUUGAAAAAUGGGGUAGCAAAGGGUAUUCCCUUUACACCAUCAGCAUCCUUAUAUGUGCCUGAAAUGGAGCAAAACUCAGGUGAUCAGACAAGACGAGAUUCUGCCCAUCAACAUCACGAAAAUUUCAAUUCAGUGUUCUAUAAUUCAAAUGAGCAUAGCAACAUGCAAAUCAAUUUAGAUUUUGCUGAUGAUAAUUCACUUUCUUCUACCAUUAGUCACGACAGGACUGACAAAGAAUGUGGGUCAAGCAGGAGCAUUCAGUCAAAAGCGGAUCAUCUCUCUUUCUCUCCAAGCAGGUCUGUAGACGUUUGGAGCCCAAAGGAUAUAUUGUGCGAAAGAGAUGCAGACUGUAAGGUGGAGCCUUCUGUAGAUCGUCCUGUUAGCCCACACUCUCCAGUUUUAGAGGACAAGCUUGUUGAUCCAUUGUGCAGCCAAGAAAAUGAUACCAAUGGGGAGGACCAAGGGACGACUUAUAGAUCUGACAUAACUUCCAAAGGUGAAUAUGAUGUUAAAGAUGAUGAUGACGAUGCUGAGAGCGUUAGUACAGGAGCCAAACAAAAGGAAAGUGAAGAUGAUAAAGACGCCACUGAAGAUGACAGCUCAUGCAAAAAUUAUGAACAGAAAAACAAGGAAGAAAACUGUUGCAACCUUGAAGAUGGUAGCAAAAUGCACGAGCAGGAUAGUGUGAAAGAUGAUACUGGAAAUAUCGAAGAUGGAAGUGAAAAGUAUGAGCAUACAAAUGAAAAAGAUGAUGGUGACAGCCCCGAAGGUGAAAACAUGAGCAAGAAAUACAAGCAAAAGAGCGAAGGAGACAAAAAAUGCGUUCUUGGAGCUGAAAGAAUUAGCAACUACGAUGAAAACAACAGAGAAGAUGUCAAUACUGCCCUCGAAUCCACAAGCAAAAAUGAGAGACGCGAGGAAUUAAAAAUGGACGAAGACGAGGGGAAAUUGCAGCAGCCAUUUGUUGAAGAUGCCAAUUCCCUAGAAGAGAGUGGAUCAUCAGUUAAUGAGCGCACAAAUUCUGGGUUUUCUCAUGGUUCCUCUGAGGCUGGGUUAGAUGAAGAUCAGUCCUCAACUGGUAAGAGUGGGGAUUCUUCAUUUUUUGCUGGUUUCUUGAAGAAGGGUUUCAAGGACCUUUCUUUAUUUAAUCAGUCCAUGGACAAUGUUAAGGUUUCAAUUAAUGGUCAUCCGAUCUCUGAAAGAGCACUUAAGAAGGCAGAGAAGAAAGCGGGUCCUGUGGAGCCUGGUUCAUAUUGGUAUGACUACCGUGCUGGUUUUUGGGGUAUCAUGGGCCGAGAAUGUAUUGGCAUUAUCCCUCCUUAUAUUAGAGAAUUCAAUUAUCCAAUGGCCAAAAAUUGUGCCGGUGGGAACACUGGCGUUUUUGUCAAUGGCAGAGAACUUCAGCAGAGAGAUUUAGAUUUGCUUGUAGGAAGAGGACUUCCACGUAUAUCUGGAAAAUCAUAUUCUGUUGAGAUAUCUGGAAAUAUUACUGAUGAAGCAACUGGCAAGAAAUUACGCAGUCUUGGAAAACUUGCUCCCACGAUUGAGAAGUUGAAGCGUGGUUUUGGCAUGCACGUCCCUGACGAGUUUAGGUAGCUGGCUUCACUACGGUGUCAUUUCUUUGCUAAUAAUUCUCUUUCAAAGCUGCCCAUUGGGAGGCCAAAUCAGUGAUUUCUACGAUUGUGAUAUUAAAUCUGUGAUUUCUGCGAACUGUUGGACUGGAGCUUUUUAAGUAUCAAGUACUUCAAGCCUUGGUGCGCAGCAGAUGGUGGUACUCAAGAAACCAAGAGAUCACACGAUUUUAUGACUUCAACUAUCAAUAAACUUCCUCCUGCUAAGUUCAUUCGAUUACUGGAAGCAAUGUUUGCAAAUAUCUUAGUCUACCAGGCGGCUCUAAUCUCACUGCUCUGCCUGUAUACCCCUCAUCUGUGUUAUCAUCUUGUCGAUACAUUGCCCCACCAGAGGUCCAGGGAGUAUUAGAUGUAUGAGCAAUUAUCGGCUUGUAAUAUAUCGGUAGUUGCACCUCUAUCUCUAGUGUUAUUUUACACCAUAAGUAUUAUUCUA